AUGACACGCACGGUAGGCUGUGUGGCACUGCAACAGUCGUCUGCCGGGUCUUGCCCUCCACCCGGCCCUGAUCCGGUUUAUGACCGAUUUGCCAUGGACCCCAGUGUGGCUGAGAGAGAACUCCCUGUGCUGGAUCGGGACGCCCUGGAGUCACUUUUCCGAAGACUCCACACGCUGGGCCAAUGUGCCGACAUGAGGAUGGACACGAGACCAUUUCCGGGGGAAAGUCAGGCAGAGGAGCCAGCAGGCCAACGGCCGCCACCCCAUAAUUGGCAAUACCGAGAAGAACUCCGGAGGUGGGUGGCUCGGAGGAGAGGGGUCAUCGGCGACCACCAGCAGCAACGUGUCCACCACAACCCCCACCUAUUCCUACCCAGCAUGGCCAAGCGACCACAGACUCUGCUUCCCUCACUGAAGGUAGCCAGGAAAGCGGACAAGUCAUUCGCCGUUCCCAGUGGGAGUCUGGAAAGCGUGGUGUCCAGCACCAACAGCAGCCCGAGGAGCUUCCGGACAGGCAUGUCAUGCGGCACUGGGCCCAGUUGGCCGCCGUCGCCGUCGUCGCGCGAAUUGUCCGCCUUGCCGACGGCAUUCCGUCGCUCGAACAGUGAGCGGUUCCGCGAGAGUGCAAAGGCCAUUCUGCGUCGCAUGGAGUCUUUCAAGGUGUCAUCCUCAUCGUCUGCAGCAGCAGCGGCCAGCGUGAAACGCGCCCCGCUUUCCGGGCCCGUCUCGAUAUCAGCGCCGAUCGACGACGACAGCCGCGUCGCGAAACGGGUGGCGCGUCAUCUGCAGUGUGUCGACUUGUCACCCACCGACGGCGACGAGAAUAAAGUGGACGCCUGUUGGACCAGCACCGGCAAGACGACGACACGCGUCUUCCUCACGCACAACAACAACAAGAAACCAUCAGCAUCAGCAGCUCAUCUAUUGCUCGACAAGCGCCGUUUGGUGCGCGCGUCUUCCUUCACUUGUGGAAUUGUGCCCAGUGCUGCUGACUCAAGCCCUUCUUCGGCCAUCACUCCGGAUCGCGAAGAUGAAGCAAGUUUUUACGAGAACGUGGCUCCGGUUCGAGGAGGUCGUCGUGUCGGAAUAAACGAACGUCGACGGCAAUGCGACUUACUACCGCCACAAGUGCCGCCACACUCUGGAUCCAAUUGGCGGACCGGAAUCACAGCAGUAGAUUUCCGCUUGGAAGAGAACCAACAGUGUUGA